UUUGUACUUGAGUCUCAGAGAAAGGCUAACUUCCUUGAAUGCUACACCACCACCACCACAGGGUUUAAUCGUUGGCGGCGACCAGGAAAAAAGGAAAAGAAAAAGGAGUUCCUGCAAAUAAUUUCUGCCCCCAGCUUGGAUUCCCCUAAAUAGCUCCAGGUGAUAAAGGAUCUGACUAAUUAUCGUUUGAGUCGUCAAUUCGUGUUUGACGAUGAAAGUGAAAAAAGCUAAUGCUGGCGCACUUACCAAUUUGGAAGUGCUCAACUUUUUACGAGCUAGAGGAGCAUCAACAGAUCCCACACGAGUAAUUGCUCCUGUUUCUCCUUCUGAGUACCAGGUUUAUGAUUAUUUGGUUGAAACUGCUGCUUGUAAUCAAACACAAGAGAAUAUCAAUGAGUUCUUGAAGAGCUGUGAGAAGUAUAAACUUGCGAAAGCAGAGAAGCUCAACAUCAUUAACAUUAGGCCAUCAACUCAAGUGGAAAUUGACCCGAUUAUUGAAGAGUGUCAGAAUCGCUUGAAAGAGGAACAAGUCGAAGAGUUGGUGGAGCUGAUAGCAAAUUUAUUUCCUCCACCACCAACGCCUGAAGGUGCAGAUGAGGGUGAAGUAGGAAUUCCUGAUGGUUUGCCAAUGGAAGAAGGUACAGAUAAUGUUGAAGGAGCUCCAGAUGAGGCUAAAGAAGUAACAGAUGGAUCAGAUAAGGAUGAAGAAGGAUUUUGCGACGGCUUUCAACCGGAAGAUACAGAUGAGGAGGAUAUAGAAGGAACUACAGAUGGUUUAACGCUGGAUGAUACAGAUAAGGGUAAAUAAACAAUUCCCAGAUGGGUCAACAGUAGAGAAAGAAAAUUAAGGUUUCACAAAAAUGAGUCAAUAACAUGUUCAUUACCUAUAAUUGCACACAAAAGUGUAACUCUGAACCAUUUAUUAUUAUCUAUUUACACUUUUGGUGCUUCA